AGCCCGUUUGACUGUUUCAUACCGAGCCAAUAGCAUCUGCAACAAUGGUUGAUGCUUUCUGCGCGACAUGGAAACUGGUCGACAGCCAGAACUUUGAUGAAUACAUGAAGUCACUUGGUGUUGGUUUUGCCACAAGACAAGUGGGCAAUGUCACCAAACCCACAGUAGCGAUCAGCCAGGAUGGGGACAAAUUGGUGGUUAAGACCCUGAGCACCUUCAAGAACACUGAGAUCUCCUCCAAACUUGGAGAGGAGUUUGAUGAGACCACAGCUGAUGACCGACAUGUCAAAUCUAUCUUCACCAUGGAAGGAGACACACUUGUGCAAGUGCAGAAGUGGGACGGCAAGGAGACCAAAUUUGUCAGAGAAAUCAAGGAUGGGAAGCUGGUGGCGACUUUGACCUUUGAGGGAGUCCAGGCGGUCCGCACAUAUGAGAAAGCCUAACUUUGCCAUCACAGAGCAAAUCAUCCAUGCACUGCAAACGAUCAACAAGGUGUUCUUUGUUUAGCUUUUACAGUAUGCAGUGAUUUGCACUUGAUUUGCUAUUGUAA